AUGAAUGCCACGAGUUUAUAUGUCUCAACAUGUCGAUUAAUAAUUUUGGCUGACGCUGCGGACAAAUCAUCGUGGACAGAUUUAUUUCGUUUGGUUCCUUAUUUACGACAAUCUUUAUCUUGUACCGUAUGUGGAAAUCUUUUAAAGGAACCUUAUACUCCAACGAGCUCAAGCUGUCAGCAUCAUGUUUGUAAAAAGUGUAAAGGUGGAAGAAAAAAACUUAAGCCUUCCUGUAGUUGGUGCAAAGACUACGACAACUAUGCCGAAAACUUGCAAUUACGUAUACUUUUACAGUGUUAUAAAAAACUUUGUGAAUAUUUCAUGGACACAGAUGUGUAUAAAAUAUUGUUGGAAGAGGAUGAGAUAGUAGCCGGUGUUAAUGGGGGUACUGUGGCUAGCUCUGGCUUGAUAGACUUAAUACAGGAAGGGGCAGGCUUUAGUGAUGACUAUAAAAGUACGGCUGGACUCUCUAAAUCUGCUUAUAGUAUUUUGCCAUGUGUGUACACAAAUUCUGCAGGCACACAAACAAAUACUGCUUCAACUUCAAAUAGUUCAGAGCCUAGAGCUUCCAAAGGUUCACCAAACUCCAGAUCUACAUCUAAUGGCUCACCUUUGUAUUCCGUAAUGUAUGCUGGAUCUGGAAACAAGAUUACUAUAAAGAGGAAAGCUAUUGAUGAAACGGACUCACCUCCAUCCGAGUCCACAAGUCGUGAAAGCAAGCAAUCAAAUCAACUAGGCUUUAAAAAGCCCUCAAAUAGAUCUCGUAGUUCAGCCAGCAGUAAAAGAAAAGGAUGUAGGUGCGGCAAUGCCACUGCCACUCCAGGCAAGCUGACUUGUUGUGGGCAGAGGUGUCCGUGUUAUGUGGAGAGUAAACCGUGUACAGAAUGCAAAUGCAAAGGGUGCAGAAAUCCACAUAGACCUGAUGGAAUGAAGGUGAGACCACACAUACCGCAGUUGGACAGUUUACAAAUGUCACUCAACUCAAAUGAGGACACUUCCCCAUCAUGUUCCGGUUCUUUGGAUAGUCUAGAUGGUGACACUCUGACUAUGGAGGCUAUGGAAGAAUCUCUCAAUUACUCAUCUGAUCUUAAGACUUCCAAUAUUAAAGUAUAUACAAGUCAAUUGCAAGAGGUGUCGCCUUCAUUACCUGCGACUAUAAUGAUGGACGAAGACUUACCGGGUGACGACGAUGACGACUUGAGUUCUCCUCACGAGUACACAUUAGCCUCGCCGCACGACCUCGCCGACAUGAACGACAACGACCAUUCCCCCCAGUCACCUUCUCUCCAUGAAGCCACCAGUGACAUCGAGAUCGAUGUAUGA